CGUCGUGUUUAGUAGCAGACAAGUGACAUUUUUUAAAAGCGUGUGAGGCGCGCGCACAGCUGUAUUGGCACGCGGUUGGUUGAAAAACUCGGUGGCACCACAGGAGGGCGGGGCUCUCACUGGAACGGUGUCUUAAGCGCUUUGGAUCAGCAGACUACAGUAUGAGAGGCGCACACACGACACGCGUGGAUGUGGAGAGAUAGCCCGAAGAACUCGUCUUAGAGACAUCUGAAGGCGUCGUUGUGUGAAAAUAUUUGUAAGCCAGAAUCUUUCAGGAUGUAUUCCUACCUCCAAAGCACUUCUGUCCCUCCUCAUGGUUUGGUGUAGCACCAAUAUCUGAACUGCAGGUCUUAGCUCAGGCAGAAGAAGACAACAUAAAAAAAAUCAAGAACCAGAAAGCUAGACUUGAUAUUCAUUGACUUUGCCGCAAAGAAAAGUUUUAGUUUUUUUCUCGAAGGGGCCAUGCCCCACCUGCUCAACAAUGACAGUUCCUUCAGCUCCAGGCAAGAGCUCCUGGACCUGGAGGAUGGACUUGUGGGCCCCAGUGUGGUCUUGCCAAGCCCAGUGGAGUCACAGGUCAGCACAUCUACUGUCUCCACCAUUGAUGUCACAGGUCAGCACAUCCACUGUCCAUCCAUAGAUGCCCCCAUCAAAACGACAAAGAACACUAUUAACCUCUCUGGGGCAACAGUGGGGGUUAAUUUUUUGUCCUCAGACACCGAGAACCUAUGUGGAUGGGGAGCUCUGACUCCCCGCUUCAUCCAGAGCUUCAACACGGCCCGCUGGGUGCUCUUCUUCCUUUGUGUGGCCUCAUCCCUCCAGGGCAUGAUAAUCAAUGGUUUCAUCAACACCGUCAUCACAUCCAUUGAGAGACGUUUUGACCUGCGCAGCUAUGAGGCUGGACUCAUCGCUAGCUCUUAUGACAUUGCUGCCUGUGUGUGCCUGACGUUCGUGAGCUAUUUUGGUGGCACAGGGCACAAGCCCCGCUGGCUGGGCUGGGGAGUUUUCAUAAUGGCUCUCGGCUCACUCGUAUUUGCACUGCCGCACUUCACCACGCCAGCUUACCAGCCAAGAGUACUGGCGCAUACAGGGUUGUGCUCAGCCAAUCAGACGGAAGAGUGUGGGGACAGCAAAGGAAGUGGACUCUCAUUGUAUCGCUACGUCUUCAUGCUGGGUCAGUUUCUGCAUGGUAUUGGUGCAACACCGCUCUACACACUUGGCGUUACUUACCUGGAUGAGAAUGUGAAGUCCAAUUAUGCACCUGUCUACAUAGGUAUCUUCUACACAGCAGCUAUUAUAGGCCCAGCAGCUGGAUACCUGCUGGGUGGCAUUUUCCUCAACAUAUACACGGAAAUUGGCCAAAUAACUCUGCUGACCCCAGAAAGCCCACUGUGGGUAGGGGCAUGGUGGAUUGGGUUCCUGGCAGGAGGAGCUGCUGCCCUCGUCACCGCUCUACCCAUUUUGGGCUAUCCUCGACAACUCCCAGGUUCUCAGCGUUUUAUAGCCAUGCGUGUGUCUGAGGCUCAUCAGCUGAAGGAUGGAAGUCAAGUGACAGCCUCUGAUCCCCAGUUUGGCAAGACAGCAAAAGACAUUCCUAGGUCAGUGUUGCUUCUGCUAAAGAACCCUACAUUUAUUUUUCUAUGUUUGGCUGGUGCUACAGAGGCCACUCUAAUCGCGGGCAUGUCAACAUUUGGGCCCAAGUUUCUGGAGUCUCAGUUCAGUCUUAGUGCCUCUGAGGCAGCCACCUGGUUUGGCUACAUGGUGGUACCCGCUGGAGGGGGUGGCACCUUCCUGGGUGGCUACAUUGUGAAGAAGCUGAACCUACGUUGUCGUGGCAUCAUCCGCUUCUGCAUGCUCUGUGCCCUAGUGAGCCUUGUGGCCGUGUUCGUCUUUCUCCUGCACUGCCCCAACUUGCCUAUGGCUGGAGUGACCACACCAUACCAGAGCAGCCCUCAAAGCAACAACCCCUUCUACACACAACUUCAGAGCAGUUUUGUAGUAGGUACGAAUUUGACUGUAGACUGCAAUGCAAAAUGUCACUGUGUGGAGGUGCUGUAUAACCCAGUAUGUGGAACUGAUGGUGUGAUGUACUACUCUGCCUGCCAUGCUGGCUGCAGUGCUGUAAACAGCACACACAUGCCCACAGGAAGACAGAUGUUCACAGACUGUAGCUGUAUUAUGGGUAAUAUGUCGAGAGGCGAGGAAGGCCUGGCCAUAGCAGGAAAGUGUAGCUCGUCCUGUAACCACAUGCCAACCUUCCUCACCUUCUUCUUCAUAAUCAUCUCCUUCACCUUUCUGUGCAGUAUCCCGGCUCUCACAGCUACUCUGAGGUGUGUGCCUGACAGUCAGAGGUCAUUUGGACUGGGAAUUCAGUGGAUUGUGGUGCGAACACUGGGUGGCAUCCCAGGUCCAAUAGCAUUUGGUUCAGUGAUUGACAUCUCAUGUCUGCUGUGGCAAGAGCAGUGUGGAGAACGUGGGUCUUGUUACCUUUACCAGAAUUCUGCCAUGAGCCAAUACACACUCAUUGCUGGCAUAAUCUACAAGUUUUUGGGCACUGUAUUCUUCAUGCUGGCAAGUGUGCUGUAUAAGCCUCCUCCAGAAUCUCCUCAGAAUAGCUGCGAGAACACAGACCACAGUACAGCAGACAGAGGCGUAGAGGUCGGACACCUGCCAAUCAAAGACCUCCCACCUGAGAUCAUAGCCAACGUGCAUGCCAAGUUGUGACCUUCGACUCCAAACGUGCACCUGGAUGAGUGCGUGUGAAUAUACACGUGUCCAUCAACUUUAUCACAACCCCAGACACAUGAACCAGCACUGUGGUUAUUAUGUCUUUUCUUCAGUUGCACACAAAUUGGGCCAGACAUGCCUCGCACAAAUAUAUACAUAUGAUACAUGAAGAUCAUCUGAUACUCCAAACAUCUUGCGGAUGGAUCACUUUUGAGCUCUUAAUGAUCUGUUGAUAAAUGUGAGAAGAUGCUAAAGAAGGGACAUGGGUCAUGCAUUAAAUGUUCAUGUGUGAAUAACCCUAUGUCAGGGGUGUCUAAUCUUCUCCAGAAAGGGCCGGUGUGAUUGCAGGUUUUCAUUCCAACCAAGCAGAAGCCACACCUGAGUGUGAAAUUGAAAGCCAAGCUCAACUGAUUGGUGGAAUCAGUUGUGGCUUCUUGUUGAUUGGAAUGAAAACCUGCACCCACACUGGCUCUUUGUGGAUAAGAUUGGAAACCCCUGCCCUAUGUGAUCAGUAUAUUUUAGUUAUUAAAAUUAUUUUUGAUAGCGCAAGUUAUCAUAGAUCAGAGAUUCUAAGCUCAAUCCUAGAGGCCCACCACCUAUCACAGCAGAUCCAAUUUAUACAAUGCUUGAUAAAUUGCUCAUGAGCUCGAUUGGGUGUGUUUGGAGCAGGUAGAUGCUACAGGGCACCCAGCCAAAUAUUUGUGUUUUUUUUUUUUUUCCUUCAAUUUAUGCAAUGCCAUUUUUGAGCCAGUGCAAACAGUAUAGCCAUUAUUCUUGCAGGAAAUUAUUUUAUUAUACUGUCGUAGAUACCACAGUUUUAAAGACAGAAAAAUUCACAAAUUCAAUUCUCCAUUCUUUUUCUUCAUUAACUGAUUUAUCCUGGUCAGUGCCAUGGUCAGUCUAGAGCUUAUUCUGGGAACACUGGGUGCGAGGUGGGCAUACACCCUGGAUGAGUCCGUUUCACAGCCCGAUUCACACAUUCACACACUCAUUCACACCUAGGGCCAAUUUAGAGUAGCCAAUCCACCUAUUAGUAGGACGGAGGAAACCAGAAACAGUAACCCAUACUUGGGAUCUAUCCUGGAGCUGUGAGGCAGCAAGGAUACCUGCUGCAUAACUCUGCUGCUCAUCAUUUCUCAUGAAUAUAGAUUAGGUAUCAAAUAUACAAAUAUUGACUUAUACUUUCUACUAUAAAGGCCUAUCUUAUUUAAAAGCACUUGGAAAUUAAACAAUAGGUUCUAAUACAGUAUGAAUGAUACAAAAACAAGAUGAAAAUGAUCAAAUGAUCAAAACCACAGUAAUUAAAUCAACAAUUAAUAAGAUAGCAAGGAUAAUCUAUGUAUUAUAGAUGUCUUGCUAGACUACUUCACAAGAAACAAGCAAUUCAGAUGAUCAUGUAAGGAUCCUGCUGAGCCUGCAACUCUUAUAACCUGCAACUCUGUUUGCACUUUAACUUCCUAAAACUAAUUCACUGAACACCAUAUAGGGUUAUAUAGGCUACAAUAUUAAUACAGUAUAUAAGCCAUUAUCAGUGUUCUUACUAUGGCACACAACUCUUUGAGCUAUUUAUGCCUUCUUUCUAUGGCUAACUAUAUGACCUACAGCUUUAUGCUUUUUAAACAGAAUUCCAGUGCCAAAAUACCGUCCUUAAGACUGUGCAGGUCAGAAUGGCCUUAUGGAUUUAGUCUAGGUUGCAGCUUACACAAAAUGAAUGUGAGGUAAAAACAUGUUUAUCAAUUUACAUAUUGGGAAUUGUAAGCAUUAUCCAUGGUGAUUUAUAUUUUACAACAGCAGAUAUUAAUUAAAUCAUAAUUUUUUUUAAUUACUAGAAUUUUACAUCAACUUUGGCCAAGCUGAAAGUUAGAUCCAUUAAUGUCACAUCACACCACUGUGAUCAUUUGCACUGUUUCACUAAUGUGGAUGUGUAAUGUUAAAAUUAGCAAACUACCAAAUGCAUCUAGCCAGUGGCAUCUUUAAUAUGUUUUAUGAUCAUUUUUACCAGCAUAUGACCUUUUUUACUUACUUGUGUUGAAAGACUAUUUACAACCCCAAUUCCAAAAUAGUUGGGACGCUGUGUAAAAUGUAAAUAAAAACAGAAUGCAAUGAUUUGCAAAUCUCAUACAUUAUUCACAAUAGAACAUUGAAAAUAUAUCAAAUGUUUAAACUGAGGAAAUAUACCAUUUUAAGGAAUAAAAAGGGUAAUUUUGAAUUUGAUGGCCACAACACGUCUCCAAAAAAAAAUCAGGACGGGGCAACAAAAGGCUGUAAGAGUAAGUGUUACCAAAAAGAAACAGCUGGAAGAACAUUUUGUAACUAAUUAGGUUAAUUGGCAACAGGUCAGUAACUUGAUUGGGUAUAAAAAUCAUAGAGAGGCAGAGUCUUUCAGAAGUAAAGAUGGGAUCAAAUCUGGAUGGAAGCAUAUGUUGCGUUAAAACCUGUAUAUACCUUUCAGCAUUGAUGGUGCCUUUCCAGAUAUGCAAGCUACCCAUUCCAUAGGCACUAAUGCACCCCCAUACCAUCAGAGAUGCAGGCUUUUGAACUGAGCUCUGAUAAAAAGACGGAUGUUCCCUCUCCUCUUUAGUCCUUUUUAGUUUAGAGGACACAGCAUCCAUGGUUUCCAAAAAGAAUUUCAAAUUUCGAUUCUUCUGACCGCAGAACAGUUUUCCACUUUGUCUCAGUCAAUAUUAAAUGAGCUUUGGCCAAGAGAAGACUGCAGCGUUUCUGGAUCAUGUUCACAUAUGGCUUCUUCUUUGCAUGAUAGAGCUUUAACCAGCAUUUGUGGAUGGCACAGAGAACUGUGAUCACAGACAAUGAGUUCUGAAGGUGUUUCUGAGCCCAUGUAGUGAUUUCCAUUACAGAAUCAUGCCUGUUUUUAAUGCACAUUGCCGCCUGAGGGCCUGAAGAUCAUGGGCAUGCAAUAUUGAUUUUCACCCUUAUCCUUUGCGCACAGAGAUUUCUCCAGAUUCUUGGAAUCUUUUGAUGAUAUUAUGUACUGUAGAUGAUGAGAUAUUCAUAGUCUUUGCAAUUUAACGUUGAGGAACAUUAUACUUAAAUUAUUCCAAAAAUUGUAGACACAGUUUUUUGCAGAUUGGUGAACCUCUGCCCAUCUUUACUUCUGAAAGACUGUGCCGCUCUAAGAUACUCUUUUUAUACCCAAUCAUGUUACUGACCUGUUGCCAAUUAAUCUCCAGUUGUUUCUUAUUAGUACCACUUAUUUUUCAAGCCUUUUGUUGCCCCAACCCAAAGUUUUUGAGAUGUGUUGCGGCCAUCAAAUUCAAAAUUACCUUAUUUUCUUCUUAAAAUGAUACAUUUAUUUAAACAUUUGAAAUGCUUUCUAUGUUCUAUUGUGAAUAACAAAUGGGCUUGUGAGAUUUGCAAAUCAUUCCAUUCUGUUUUUAUUUACAUUUUAUACAGUGUCCAAACUUUUUUUGGAAUUGGGGUUGUAUAUGUCAAAUAAACAUUUGAACAUUUUUUAAAAGGGACAAGUGUAUUGAAGCCCUAACACCCUCACUGUGUUUAUUCCCCAAGAAAUGCACUCAAACAUUUUGAGGGUUUGCACAACGGUUGAGGAGUGAUAAUAUCAGAUUUUUUUUUAGUUUGUAUUGUUUAAAAUGUAUUAAUUGUGUUUGCCCUAAUAACUGCAAGCAACUAUGCCGUAUGCCAUCAUGUUAUUCCCAGUAAACAUUUGUAAGUGUGAUGAUUAAUGUAAUUCUCUUGAUGGUAGUUGCAGAGUUGAAUAGCAAAGUCCCAUCGCAUUCCAUUAAAAAUGGGGGUUGGGGUAAGAAGGGACUUUACAGUUCUGGUUUGAUACUUUUGUUUAAGAUCUCUUUUUGAUGCAAAUGUUUCAGUAAAUGUUUUUAAAGAAGAAACCACUAAAUCCA